CUACUGUUCCAAAACCAGUCUGGGACUCUACAGGGGCCUGAGAAACAGCCAUUGAACCAUAAAGCAGAGAUGGGAGGAAACUACAAUACCAGAGAAAAAACACAUGGAAACAAGUGGAGGGGAUGCAAAACAGAAAGCCACCCAGUCUGGGAUCUUGCCAGGCACCAGAUGUGCCAAGGCAGGUGCCCUAACCACUGUGCUAUCCUGCUGCUUUACUUUCUAUGUGCUUUAAAUGAAAAUCCAUCAGAUCAUCUACAUUUGUGUCAUGUUUCAUGCCACAGCACAUGAUUCAUAAAUUAGUGCAUCAAAUGAUGCGGAGUCAUGGAAAUAAACUGAACAGAACUAUUUCUUGAAAUCAAGAGAGGCCUUGCCAGAACUGUGCAAUUCACAAUGUAUUUGUAUUGAAUUAUUCAAGGUUAUAGCCCCCAUACUAUAAAAUGUCUGUCUGUGCUAACUGGAGGAUUCCAGUGGCUGAGAGGUGACCGGAGGUUGAGUCUGAAGUGGGCACCCAGCUUUAGGAGAUGUCUGCCGGCGUGGUCCAGAUGAUGCCUGGAAAAUGGGUUUCAUCCUCUUCCAGGCGCUGCCCUGGAGGAUCGACAGUGCUUGUGGAGACCAAAGACCUGUCGCUCCCACUGGGUGUGGCAAAGAAAUAGGAUCCAACAUGUGGGUGUACGUGUUUUUGGGGAAUGCAUUACGUGGAAUUGGAGAAACGCCAAUCACACCUCUAGGAAUAUCGUACAUUGAUGAUUUUGCCAAAGCAGAAAAUUCUGCUUUCUACAUUGCUUGUCUACAAACAAUUUUUCUUCUCGGCCCUGUGUUUGGUUUCUUGCUUGGAUCGCUGUGUGCCAAACUGUACGUUGAUAUAGGAUUUGUGAAUCUGGACAGUGUGACUAUCAGUCCGAGAGAUGCCCGCUGGGUUGGCGCUUGGUGGCUGGGGUUUUUCGUGUCAUCUGCCAUCAUGCUGUUCGCUGGCAUUCCAUUCUGGUUCCUGCCGAAAUCAUUGCCGAACCCAGAGGAGGAGAAGGAGAAUGCUGGGAAGCAGGAGCAAGCAGAGAGCGAGAGUCUUCAGCCGCAAGAUGUGAGCGGAGGCAACACAUCUGUGAAACUCGUGGAUAUAGCCAGAGGCUUCCUGCCGUCACUAAAAAAGCUCUUGGGCACUCCAGUCUAUUUCGUACUGGUGUGUGGAAGCAUUCUGAAAUUCAACUCCUUUAUUGGAUUGAUCACUUUUAAACCCAAAUACAUGGAGCAGCAGUUUGGACAGUCUGCCUCAGGAGCAAACUUCUUCAUAGGGUUGCUUAAUCUCCCAGCAGUGGCUACUGGGAUAUUUGUAGGUGGAUUAAUCAUGAAGAAGUUCAAGAUGAGUGUAGUUGCUGGUGCUCAGCUCUCUUUUGCAACUUCCUUUACUGCAUAUCUUCUCUCAGUGACCCAGUUUGGAAUAAAAUGUGAAAACAUCCAGGUAGCUGGACUAACAGUCUCUUACAAUGGAACCAGCCAGGUCUCAAACGAAGACAGGAUGUUGCUUUCAGAUUGUAACAGAGGUUGCUCCUGCUCCCUGAGGGGCUGGGACCCUGUGUGCUCAGAGAACGAGGUCACAUACAUGUCUCCAUGCCUUGCUGGCUGUAAAAGCUCAUCUGGAUUUGGAAGAAAUAUGGUGUUUCACAACUGCACCUGUGUGGCAUCUUUUCCUCCUCCCUCUGGCAAUCUGUCCGUUGUCGUGGGCCAGUGUCCCAGGAAAGACGAAUGCAAGAGAAGCUUCAUCGUCUACAUGGCGGUAUCCGUCCUCAGCUCCUUCAUAAACGCAUUGGGGAUCACUCCAGGGUACAUGGUCAUCAUCAGGUGUAUAAUGCCAGAGCUGAAGUCCUUGGCUUUAGGAAUCCAGACACUAAUGAUAAGAACUCUGGGGGGUAUCCCAGCACCUGUGUAUUUCGGAGCACUGAUAGACUCCACCUGUUUAAAAUGGGGAAUUAAGAAAUGUGGAGGGAGGGGAGCUUGCCGGAUGUAUAACUCCAACAUGUACAGGCACGUAUUCCUGGGACUGAUAGUAAGUUUGAGUGGAUUAUCCUAUUUUUUCACAAUUGCAGAGAUAGUGCUGCUGAGAAAGCAGUUUGGAAAGAAGAGGUUAAAAAUAAGGGACACCGAUAAUAUCAGGCGAGCAGAGAUGGAGUUUGUGAAUAUGGAUAACAAGAUUCUGAGCUAUGAAAACAAACUGUCUGACUGCCAGCACAAAGACACGAAGGCUAAAGACGGAGUUCAAGGACAGAGCACAGAUACCGAGAACAACACAGCACCAUGACAAAAGAGCUCUGAACUCACAUUUCAAAUCCUUCAAACAAUUUUACACAUUUUACCACAACGUGUGCUAAGGAAAAUGCUAUUUUAAAAAUGUUUUUUUUUCUUUUUCAAAUUAUAAGAAUACGUACAAAAAUAAAGGA